AUGGGAAAAGGAAAAGAGGAUGCAACGAGAAAGAAUUUUUUUGUAGAUUUUCACCGAAUGAACUUGCUAGAAAGGUAUGAUGAACAAGGAGAAAUAAUAGGAAUUGGAACUAGACCCAGAAAGGAACUCGAUGGCCAGGUUUUCAGUGGUCAAGAAAUCAGAACUUUUUUAAAAGAGUAUCGCGAUUUAGCAGAUUCUCAAAAAAAUCAUCUAAUUACAGAGUUAAAGAACUACUGUAAUCCGCAAAAUUUUGCCGAUACAACUGCUUAUUUUGAAUUAGAUCAUGAAAAGAAAAAUUUGUCAUUAGGAAAAAGUCAAACUUCUGACAAAAACCUUCAGCAAAUGACCAAAAUUAUUCGGUCAAAUGUCCAAAAACACAAAUACUUUAUCGAACAUAAGGUUUCAAAAAAGUUAGAUUUUGAUUUGCAUCAUAUAAGACCUCUUUUAUGGGUUAAAAAUCCAGAAGAACUGAAAUGA